GCGGAGCGGAAAGUCGACAGUUUGACGCGAGGCGCAUCGGUGGCGAGACCUGUCAGAGUUCAAACAAGGACUUAGAGAAACGAGGACCGCCAUCCGAAACCAUGGACAAGGCUGAAACUAAAUCAAAGCUAUUUUUGCCGCACUUAACGUGAUUUCAUUUGUCUAAAUCCGUCAUAAUCUGCUGCGCAACUAGGAAUCAUGGAGCGCGCGGAGCCAAACGAGCCGACUCCGCCAUCUAAAUCAAAUCAGGAACCCAUACGAUUCGGGAUCGACCAGAUUCUGGGCUCUUUGGACCCAGAGAGCAGGGUCGAAAACACUGUGGAUAACAGCCGCUUGGGAAGCCCAUCCAGGGCGAGCGUCGCGCCUCAUGUCUCCUUCCCCGUCUCUCUGUCCGGAGUCACGGGCGCGUUGGAGGACUCCGGGUGGGUGUAUGGGGUGAGCGGCACUCUGAUGCCCAGUGGAGUGAUUCGGGUUCCGGCGCACAGACCUCUAGCUGCCGCGGUGCCGCCGGCAAUGGUGAGCGCCGCACCGGCGCUGUGUUUCCCCUGGAUGGACAAUAACCGCAGGUUCCCAAAAGACAGACUGCCAGCUCUCAUUCCGUUCACCGUGACCCGGCGGAUAGGUCACCCGUAUCAGAACCGAACUCCCCCGAAACGGAAAAAGCCCCGCACGUCGUUCUCGCGCGUGCAGAUCUGCGAGCUGGAGAAACGCUUCCACCGGCAGAAGUAUCUGGCCAGUGCGGAGCGCGCGGCCCUCGCCAAGAGCCUGAAGAUGACGGACGCGCAGGUCAAGACCUGGUUCCAGAACCGACGGACCAAGUGGAGAAGGCAAACAGCUGAGGAAAGAGAGGCAGGACGUCAGCAAGCCAAUCGGAUGCUGCUUCAGCUUCAGGCCGACGCCCUCCAGAAGUCCAUGAGCGAAUCAGUGUCUUCGGAUCCUCUAUGUGUGCAUAACUCCUCCCUCUAUGCCCUCCAGAACCUCCAGCCUUGGGCCCAGGAGAGAUCGGGUAAAAUGGCCCCAACAACCACCGCACUGGCUUAAAAUCACCGCCAUGAUGCUGGAAUCAAGACAGUGAAGCUUCAAACUGUCCUGCACUUUCAGAGUGGAAAGACUGAACUAAAACAGUCCUAUCUGAAUAUGAAUCAGGCUUUUGACCGGUUAUUUAUUUAUUUUAUUUUUUUGUAAAGCAUCUAAGCACUUUUUGUGGGAAUAGUGAACUGUUAUGACGUCUGAGUUUGUUACUGACAAAAAAAAAAACUUUCCAAACACCGUCCCAUAUAGAUGCUGCCUUGGAAAAAUAGGGUGAAAUAUUCACAGAAACUGUCAGUCAACCUGAAUCACAGAUCUGUAUAUAUGAACUGUUCAAAUGAUGUCUGUGAGAAAGUCUACAAAAUAUUGUACUUAUCGUAAUUAUUUUGUGCUCUUAUGGUGGCGAUGCGUUACCGACUAAUGUUUGUCAUUGUUGACGUACUUUCAACCAGAAAAGCAAUGGUGUGUAAAUUCAGUAUAACACUGAACAAGCAGCAUUAUGCAUCGAAAAUUUUAUUGUUAAAUAGUUUACACAACAUUUCAACAAGAGGAUACAAGGUUAAGAUUCCCAUCUCCUCAGUCUGUCUGUCUGAUUGACGUCUGUCUCUCCAUUUCCUCUUUUACAACAUCAUGGAAAAAUAAUAGUCAUCCCUAUACAAUACACAGUUUUUAUAUAACUCUCUGAAACACCGCCACUCCGAAUUUGAUUAUUCAGACCUACUUUGCAGAGUAUAAAAUAUACAAUGUGUGUAAUAAAUCAAAUAUCAUAUAUAUUAAACUCAUCAUUCUGUACCGA